AUGAUCAAGCACCACCGCGUUACCACUCUCAAAACCCUACAUUCCCACGUCAGUUGCCUCGCGAUCAACAACAAUAACCUCCUCUACGCCGCUUCUGCUUACAUAGUCAUCGUCUUCAAUCUAUCGAACCACACCCAUAUCGACACAUUCAACGACGAUCCCAGCUCCGGGUCCAUGAAGUCUAUCGCCUUCAACGACACAAAGAUCUUCACUGCUCACCAAGACUCAAAGAUUCGUGUAUGGCGAAUAGCACAGUUGAGGCGACACCACCUCGUGUACACUCUUCCCACCUUCAAAGAACACUUGUAUCGUUCCCUUAUGCAAAAGAAUUAUGUCCACGUCCGGCGGCACAAGAAGCGGCUUUGGAUUGAACACUGCGAUGCAAUUUCAGGCCUAGUCGUUAAUGAAGAUUUAAUGUACUCUGCUUCUUGGGAUAAAAGCUUUAAAAUAUGGAACAUAUCUGAAAAUCGGUGUUUAGAGUCUGUGAAAGCCCAUGAAGACGCUAUGAACGCCGUUGUAGUUUUUGGUAAUGGUACCGUUUACACAGCUUCAGUAGAUGGGUGCAAUAAGGUUUGGGAGAGAGAUGAUAUCCUACAAAAGCACAAUUUUCCAUUUGGCUAA